UCUGCGGCUUUGACUGUAAAAUUUUGUAGAUGUCCAACUCUGUUUUCUUCUCAAAGCUUUUUGACUCCUUUGACUCAAACUUGGUCUAUAUAAGUCCCGUUGUUCUUGACUCAUUUCUCUCAUUGCUAUCUCUCUCUCUCUCUCUCUCCAACCCAUUUUAAAGAAUCUUUCUCCAUGUCUGGAAGUGAGGAAGAUGAUGUUCUUCCCCGUUUCUCCAAGGUCUUCCUCUCACAAACCGCUUCUGAAUCGAUGGCGAUUCCAGAGUCUUUCAGUGAGCAUCUUGAAGACCCACUGCCACAAACAGCUAAGCUCCAAGGCACAGGGGGUGGUGUUUGGACCGUGAGCUUCAAGAAAAUACGUGACCGUGCGUAUUUCACUUCAGGGUGGUCCAAGUUUGCAGAGGACCAUGAGCUCAAGGACGGAGAGUUCUUGACCUUUGUCUACGACGGUUCCCACACUUUUGAAGUCAGUGUCUUUGGUCUUUCCGGAUGUAAAGAGAUAAGAGCUGCUGUGGAGUCAGUCAACCUCUCUGAUGUUGAUUCUGACAAAAAAGAAGAAGAAGAAGGUGAUGAUGAUGAUCCUUCAUUCGAUGCUGGUGAAGAUGAUGAAGUCAGCCAGAGUGCUGACACUGUAUCUAAUGCUGAAGUUGUUGAAGGGUUUUCGAAUUUGGAGGUUGAGUCUAAUCCUUGCUUUACUACCACCCUCAAGAGCAGGAUCUAUGAGCUGUUGAUUCCUGCAAAGGUGGUGAAAAAACAUAAGCUUAAAUUUGGUGACCGCAUCAAGUACAUAGAUGGAGAAGGGAUCAUGCAUGGGGUUAAAGGGAAAUGGACUGAUGAUAGGAUUUUCUUCAAAGGAUGGAACAAGAUUUGUAGAAGGAACAGGCUUAAAGAGCAUGAUACUGUCCACUGUGAGAUGCUUCACAUCAGGAAAGAAGUUCACUCAAUCAAGAUCACAGUCACACGUGGUUGAAUCUUUCAUCAUCACUAGUUCAGCACCAUCACUCAUCAAUGAGUUCUAUUUUUUGUUUGUUUUAUGAGUGUUGUAGUUUCCUUGUCAGGUUUUAUCGUACUAGUUACUUUCUUUAUCCCCAAGAAACCUUGUGACCUUAUUGAUGUUUCAUGUUGUAUUUUCAAUGCUUAUCAUGCAAUGCAUCUAUACCUUUUUUA